CUCUAAUUACAUCAAUUGAUAAUUGAUAUCCUUGCCGUUCAUUGUGGUUACGGUUGGGUCUGGGUAGGGUAGCAGCAUGCAGCACCCUGUCCAAGUUGCACCGACGUUUCUUGUCAGCCUUACGGGAUGGACCUGUGUAACCUGCUGUUAUUGAUAUCUGGAAUACUGCCUGUGAAUGCGUUGGCAGCUGUGUACUGUGUUCUACGACAUUUGAUCGACUCCGUUCUUGACUACGGGGAGAUACCCAGGUUUGAAAUGAAAGCUGUGUUCUUGCUUUCAGGAUGUAUAUUCCUUGGAGUGUCUUGUUCAGUCUUCAAAUUCGUGAGAGAUGGGGGUUGACGACAUUAGCAGCCGUAAACCCAUUAAAAUAAUAAAUUUUUCAUGGGCCAAAUAGCCUACCUUUUUUUCACAUGGAAAAUAAUCUGGCCCAUCGAACCCAUAGGCGUAG